UUUCAAGGAAAAGAAAACACCAUAAAAAACCUUCAACAAAAGUUGUUCCUCUCUUCUCAUUUUAAAUCACAUAACCCCUUUCUCUUCAUUACCACACACCCACAAAAACAUUAAAAAAAAAAAAAAAACAUAUAGAACAUCAAAAAUGUGUCCAACAGGAACAUCAUCAUCUGUAUUUCCAACCAGGAACAUAACAGACUUACGUUCAGCAUUCGACAUCCUGGACGUCGACCAUGAUGGAAAAAUCAGCCAUGAAGAUCUCAAAACAUCGUAUUCAGACGCCGACGAUGACGUCAUCUUAACAAUGAUGACGGUUGCAGAUGCUAAUAAAAAUGGGUAUGUGGAAUAUGAUGAGUUUGAAAAGGUGUUGAAAAAUAAUAGUUCUAAUAAUAAAGGUGUGAUGGAAGAUGUGUUUAAGGCAAUGGAUUGUGAUGGUGAUGGGAAAGUUGGGUAUGGUGAUUUAAGAAAUUAUCUUAAUGAAGCUGGAUUAGAGGUUAAUGAUGAUGAGAUUAAGGCCAUGAUUAGAUUAGGUGGUGGUGAUAAUAAUGGUGUUACUUUUGAUGGGUUUUUGAAGAUUUUGGCUGUUUGAUGAUGUCUUCAUUGGUUUGAGGUGUUUUUUAUUUUGUUUUUGAAACAUUAUUGAGAUGAGUUUUAAUUGUAUUUUAAUUUAAUGUAAUGCUAUUGAAAUUAUCAAUUCAAUUUUAUGCCAAAAUGAAGCAAAAAAGAGUAGUUUUACAUUA